AUGAACGAUGAAUCCCUGCGCCGCCUGCUGAACGACAUCGCCUCCGGCGAGGUGACGCCUCAGGAAGCGGAGCAGCGGCUGCGCUUUCCUUUUGAAAUGGUCGGCGAGGACGGCAAGGCGCCUUUCGCGCGUCUCGACCACAACCGGGAACUCCGCCGGGGUUUCCCCGAAGUGGUGCUGGCCGAGGGAAAGACCACGGAUCAGGUCGUCGCGAUCGUUCGAGCGCUCUCGGAAACGGCCGGGCAGACCCUCGUGACCCGCAUUUCGCCGGAAGCGGCGCGCGCCGUUGUGACGGACAUCCCGGGUGCGGUCUGCCGGGAGGAGGCCAGGGCGGUGGUGGUUUCCCGCACUUCGCCCUCGCCGACGGGCGCCCGAAUCGGGGUGGUUUCGGCGGGGACUUCGGACAUCCCGGUCGCCGAGGAGGCGGCCCUCACCGCGGAGCUCAUGGGCGCCGAGGUUCGGCGGACCUUCGAUAUCGGCGUCGCCGGCAUCCAGCGGCUGCUCGCCGAAGCGUCGGGGUUCCGCGCGCUUCACGCGCUGGUGGUGGUUGCCGGCAUGGAAGCGGCGCUGGCUCCGGUGGUUGCGGGUCUCGUUCCGUGCCCGAUCGUCGCCGUCCCCACCUCAACCGGGUACGGAGCUUCCUGGGGAGGCCUCACCGCGCUGCUCUCGCUGCUCAACAGUUGCGCGCCGGGGGUCACCGUCGUCAACAUCGACAACGGCUUCGGCGGUGGCUACGCCGCCGCCCUGGCGGUGGCGCAUUUCCGCGGCCUGGAGUCGGAGCGGGAGGGCUAG